AUGUUUGGAGGUUCGAGGCGCCACCGGCAGGCCAACCAGCCGUUGACCGCCGCUACCGCAAACCCAAACGCCGCCACCGCCGCCGCCUCAGCAUUCGCGCGACGCGCGUCCACCUCUUCCCUCUCAUCAGCCGCCGCAGCCGCAGCAUUGCGGUCGCGACCCACGACGCCAAUCAAUGUGGCCGAAGUACAGACGAAGCGCACACAGAAGCGCAGCGCAUCGGUAUCGUCGCAUGGGAGCCAGGACACGAGAAGAGGGCUGCAAAGGUCCCCUAGUCAGAGCUCCAUGACCGAGCGGACGUUCCGCUCGCCGUCUCCGCACAGGACUCCAAUGUCCCCCGUUGAUGCGCCGCCCGUCCCGGCCAUUCCGGACGAUGUGCGAUCAAUCACAAGCCAGAGUUCCUCCCACAAGAGAGGUACCAGUCUGCAGAUGCAGCCGUUCCGCGUUGCAAGUCAGAAGAACAAAGAGGGUGCCGGAUCAUGGUUUGGGGCCGCGGUCGAGGGCAAUUUGGCCAACGUCAGGAAGUCAGAUGACCCAAUACGCGUCGUCUCUCUAGAGUCACGCCCGGGAGCUGUAAGCCCAACUUCUUCUGUAAACUUUUCAUACCCGAGGAUGCCCGGCAUAUCGCCCCCGGCAUCGCCAACCUUCGAGAGCAUGAAAAUGACAAUUAGCCAGCGACUUGUCUCGCCCCGCCCAACAGAGUCGGUGACCUCGCGGACGACGACCACCUCAGAACAAUCCCUUGUUUAUGAUCCAAAUUCCAGAAGAAUGGUCCCCAAGGUGGAUGCGUUGCCACGGGAGCAGGUUGUUCGGGAUGCUGCUGAGAAACCCGUUAAGAAGAAGAAGCAACAGCAAGGACUGGCAAGGAGCGGUUCUCACCUAGCAAAAGGCACCGUUGGCAGAGUGCAUGGUUCUGCGGUCGCCUCUGCGGAGGCUGCGCCCAUGCCUGCGCCAAGGCAACAACCACAAGUCCGCGCACACACCGAUGCUCCCGACCAAAUGACUUUGGAGAAUCAACCGCAUAUUGAAGAAGCCGCGCAGCGGACCCCGGCGCAAAGACAGACACCGGAGCCCGCGCCAGCUCUUGCGUCCUCUGCAACCAGCGGACCUCACACGACUGAAAGCACCGGGCCAACUCACCAACAGCCUGCUGGUAGUCCUGCGGUCGAGCAGCCGGUCGUUCGCGAUGUUCAAAAAAGUGAUGGGGCCUCGACUCUGCCCCACCCAGAACCCCGUCAAGGCGCCCCUGUUCUAGGAAGAAAACCAUCCACGGUUCAGGAGGAAUCAGAGGAUGAGUUGGCAAGCUCAAACGACGAGGCUGAACACAGCCAACAGCCAGUUGUGCAUCGUACAGUUGCUGAUGUUAUCGAAGUAGUACCCAUGAGGUCAUCAGCGCCAAAACAGCCAUCCUUAUCGUCCGAAAGCACGAUUGUUGAGGCCCCAGCAAAUGUGUCAUCCCAAAGGCAACCAAGUCCACCACGCUUGAAGCAACCCGGCAGCAUCAGGAAUGCACGUGCGCAAUCUGCCAGUCCUGUACGAUCAGCGCGCUUCGCACUGGGCGCAGAUCGGCUGGUCAUCAGGCACGAGCCGCCACCCAGAUCAGUCUCGCCCCGAAAAUCGGCCAUGAAACACUCGACUAGCCCAUCUCGCGGCGCCUCGCCUUCAGAUGAUGGCUCUGAAGCAUCAGGGCCAAGUCGAUUUGGCAGCGAGGCUACCGCAGUGGAGGCACCAAUGCCACGCAAGAAGAGUGUGCGUGUCAGCUUUGAUGAUGAGAAUACCAAGGUUGUGGGACAAUCAGCCGCAAAAACGGAGUUUGACUCGCCAAUUCUUCCUAGUCCUCAGCAGGCCAAACGGCAUUGGUUUAAUCAUCUGGGCAGAAACAAGAAGAAGGACACUCUUGCUCUAGACGACGAUGAGGUCAUGAAGCCUCGGCCAGCGCUGCCCUCGUUUGGCAGCGUUCGUGAAAAGAAGCCAAGAGAUUCUGAGGAAGAGCGACCUCUUGUCCGGCCUCUCGAGUCACCCUCGCCAUCCGGGCCUGAUGCCCCUGAACGCAAACCAGACCGGUCUGUUCCGACCGGCCAGUCCAUCGACCACAACGUCGGUAUGGUUCUCAGUCAGGAACAGACGGCCAGAAAUGCUGCGAACAUAUCGAGGUUCAGGGAGCCGUUACCGCCCGUAGUCACUUCCUUAGAGGGCAGUGGUUACUACUCUCCCAGCAGCACAAGUAACUCCGACGCCGAGGAUGGAGAUGAUAUUUUUCAGGACUCGGAUGUUUUUCAGGAGCCUGAACCUACUAUGUCUCCUGAGCAAGUCAAGGGGGAGAUUGCAGCCGUUCAGCCUGAUUUGACCGUUGAGACACCCGUCCCAUCGAUCCAGAUGGCGCCAGUAGUUGGAGAAGAUAGCCGAGACCACAGGGAGGAAGACAUCCCUUCAAUAUCUGUCAUACAACCGACUCCGAUCCCUAAGGAGACGGAGGCCAACCGUUCAGCAAGCUUGUCUGAGCAAGGCUACUUCGAUGUUCCUGGAGGGUUUCCGGAGGACGAGAGCGAGGACAACGCUUCUCACCCUAAUGUCCAGCCGGGAAUAACCAUCGUGAACAAGGACCAACCGGCACAGCCGACAGGAUCCAACGGCGGAGUGGAUUCUUCUUUCAAAACCGCCCACCACUUAGCCCCCGUGACAGAAUCGGAGUCGGAAGAUGAAAGUAUCUAUAGCGACGCCUACGAGGAUCUUUCGGACGUCGAUGGGGAUGGCUUCAUGUCUUUGGACGCCGUCAUUGCAUCCCCCAUUCAAGACAAGCUCCCUCAUAAACACUACCAGAAACCAGUAGAAAAGACGUCUCAGCAGACGCCGGAGAACUCUGGCGUCACCAUGUCCCAAAACGACACCCGAUCUUCAAAUGUCUCCGGCAGCCCGCGGCGGCCUGAAGAUCAGCCUGAAGAUGAGUGGGAGAGGGCCAAACUUUUUUGGAGGGGAUUGACAAGAGAUAAGCGAAAGCAGUUGGAACAGGAGGCUCUAGAGGAGGCCGGGGCCGAAGGAGAUCUCGAAGAAGUCAUACAGCCUGUAAAGGUCAAGAGAAAGAAGUCUGUUCGGAAAAGCGACCCGGCAACACAACAACAAGCGUCUGCUAAUCCAGAGCGGGUCUACCAGAUUCGGCCUGGAACGCGAGCUAUCGAUGAAGAGGAUGAAAAAGACUCCCCCGCAACUCUGCGAAAGACUCUUCGAGAUCAACAUGGUCAAGAAACUGGGUCUGCAAAUGGAAGGCUCCAGAAAACGAGGCGUGGUGGUCAGGCUCAAACAUCGCCAGCUUCUGGUGCAGGCAUGCGAAAGACAUUGCGAUCAGACGCCGCGGGCUCUCAGAUCGUUCAUCCAUCGCAAGCCACUGCUAUGAAUGGCUUGAGGAAGUCCAUGAGGCAGAACGGUUCACCCCCCCAAGCAGGGCUCGCACCUCAACCUGGGAUUAAUCCAACAGCCGACAGCCGGCCAGUCUCUCUCCAAGGCCCUCCGUCGGGCCAGGAUUCCCGGUCCAAAAGUCUCUCCAUGGAUAACUCAUUGUCGAGUGUCGAAAUGGCAAAAGCUAUGCAAGCGACUCUCCGUCGUCGUGCAUCCGACUCUAGCGAAAGCAGCUUUCGACGCGCCCGUCCCAAACAGGAAGGCUUCGGUUUCCGCAAAUCUAUGAGAACAAAUACAGAGACCGACCUGUCGGCAACCGGUAGAAAUCCGCGGAUCAGUCUGCGGUCGAUAUCUCCUCCCGCUUCGCCCAUUUCACGACCUGUCAGCAUGGGCAACCGGACGACUAUGCGCGGCACGUUGCGCAGCGACUCCAGCGACGGAAGUACGAGGCGUAUGCGCCUGCCCACAUUUGGAAAGUCUUCGUCGACGAAGAAGGCUGCUGGCAAAUUUGGCAAGAGUCGGUUUGGCGACUCAAGCGACGAGGAUAACGCUGGACAGUCCGGGUUCCGCAGCCGCUUUGCCGAAUCCAGUGAUGAAGAUGAAGUAUCGGCUCCUGCACCUGUCACUCACAGCAUGCCCAAAAGCAUGCGCGCGUCGAGUUCUGCCGCGGCCGCGGCGAUGAAGGUCCCUCCUAGCCACAACAAUGAAAAAGCAGAAGAGUCCCCGGACCUGCCUGACAGCAGUGAUGAGGAGGUGGUGCGGUCACCAGCACAGCAAAAGCCCCUCUCCCCGAGAAGGGCCUCCGGCGCUAGCGGUCGUCUUGUGAAACCUCAGUUGGACGGACAAGGGCUGCACCGUCCGGGCUCUGGACGCGGCGCACUCGCCGAGUCUACAACGCCCGCUAUGGGUACUCAGGUGAUGUCCCGACCGGACAGUCAUCAACGCCGUGGCAGCUUUCUUUCCGUCCUGCUACGCAAGAAGGAUAGCGAAGCCGGCAAGAUCUUGCGGCCCGCUGCCAGUGAGAGUGGUGCAAGGAUGGACACCAAACUAGAACGCAGCGCCUCCGAGUUAUCAGCCCUUCGAGGAGCGACCCCGUCGUCGAAGCCGCAGAAGCGGACAACACACGAUAACUGGCCGCUCGUCGAGACCAUUGAUGACGAGAAGCGACCCAUUACAGCAGACAACAACAGGCCGAUGGAUGCAUCGAGGCCAGUAUUCAUGAAGCGUCGCAGCACAAAUCAGGUGCUCAUCUCGGGCCUGUCCAACGACCGAGAGGGCAGUGUCCAACUUGAUAGCUCUGGGAAGAAGAAGAAGAAAUUUGGCACGCUCCGGCGUAUGUUUAAGCUGGAGGACUAG